UUUUUACAAUUAAAAAUUUGAAUCAUUCCUUGAGUUGCUCAAAUAACAACAAAUAAUCAAUUUUUACAUCAAGCCCCUUAACACACAAACAAAACAAACAAAAAUGAAAUCUUUCAUUGCUUUAUUUGCCUUCAUUGCCUGUGCCUCAGCCAGUGCCAUCUACUCAGUCCCUGCCGUAGUACAAGCUCCAGUCUCAAUCCCAACCGUUGUUAAAACCGGAAUCACCCAACAUGCCUUCAAUGUUCCUGAAUCACGAUUCACCCGAUCAGACUGGUCAACUCCAGGUGCAACCUACGCCAUUCCCGCUGUUGCUCAAUACACCGUAACCCGACCUGGAUACACAACCUACCAAGAAGGUCCAUCAAUUGUCCGAAAUGGAUACGUUCAAACCUCAGUUCCAGUUGCAACCAUCCACAAACACCAAACUGUUGCCGCUGUUCACGCUGCUCCACUUGUCGCUAAAUACGCUGCUCCAUACGCUUUCGCUGCCCCUGCCUAUGCUCCAUAUGCUGCUGCCUGGUAAAUCAACCUUAUAAUAUAAACUACUCAUCAUCUCAUCGCUCCUCUUUUCCCACUUUCACCUUCUCUCUCUCUCUCUUCCUUCUUCCUCUUCUUCUUCCUCCUAAACCCUCUUGAAACAUCUUUAAUUGUCCAAGGCUCAACUCAUGAGAGAUACUUUUAUUUUUUACUUUAUUGAUUAAAACUGUCUGAUAUACUGUAAGCACACGAUGCUUAUAUCAUGUACAUGUUAAUAUCCCUGCCAAUUAGUUAAUUACCAAUCAAUUACACGAAAAGGAACAUCAAUUUGUCUUAAUUUUGUUUCCUUUUUGCUUGUAAUUUCACUCACAAUUGCCACUCUCAGUUCAAUGUAGUAAAACAAUAAACAAUAAAUCAAUUCCUCAUUUCAAA